CUCGUACUGGUACAGGUUCAUUUACUGAAGGAUCAGUUGGCGGCUGAGGCAGCAGCUCGGAUUGAGGCCCAGGCUCGAGUCCAUCAGCUGUUGCUCCAGAACAAGGACCUACUCAAACACAUCUCACUGCUCGUGAAACAAGUGCAGGAACUGGAGCUCAAACUUGCUGGCCACAGUUCAACAGGCUCACAAGACAGUUUAUUGGAAAUCACCUACCGAUCGACUGUGCCACCGGUGCUGUGCGAUCCCACCACACCCAAACCGGAGGACAUUUGCCUGCCACAGCUAUGUGAUGGAUCAGACCUCCCCCUUCCACUGGGAAGUCCACUAGGUAUGGAUGACUGUCUGGUAAAACUGGAGUGCUUCCAAUUCCUGCACGAUGAAAAGAGGUCCCAUGAAGAAUUCAUGGGCAGUCUGGAGCUGAUCAAAUUCCGAGAAUCAGGAAUAGCGUCUGAAUAUGAGUCUAAUACAGAUGAGAGUGAGGAGAGGGACUGCUGGGUUAAUGAGGAGUCAAUUCGGUUAAUGAAUGUGCUGAAGAGGCAGGAUAUGGGGGAUUGUCUGGAUGAUGAAAUUGCAGUGUAGCCGCCACUGCUUCUAUAAUUGAAAUGUGACACACUGAUCUGUUCCAAUGGUCAACCAGACAGAGCUGUCAUGUGGAAAUAAUGGCAACUGAUUUUUAAUCCUGACCCAAUCGAUUUAAAGUAACAGUAGUGCAAUCUGUUUAAAAUCAGCCUGUACUUUGCUUCUUUAAAUAUCUAGUUCCAAAGUUUCAUAAAAAGGAAUUGAUGCAUCAUCACAUUCUUUAAACGUUGUGGAAAGGUAGAAGCUUACAAAUGCCUAAAGGUGGCAAACUGAGACACAGUUAUAAGCAGUUAGUGAAUCGGAUCCGUGUAAGCAAUAUCUCUUUGAACUGAAACAUUUGAACCAUCGAUAAAGUGAUUACUUGUGUAUUGAAGUCACAAAUGCUGACAAAGUCAACAUUCUGUCCUUUCACUUGGCCACAGCAGUAUUAUACUUGCCAAUAGUAUAUUUUGUUGGUUAGCAAGAGAUAGGAACAUUCCAUCUGUACCUAAUUUAUUUGUCAUAGUCACUUCAGAAAUAGCACUGAAGGUCACUUGAGCACGAAUAGCAAAUAUUUGAUUGAGAGGAUAUGUAGUUCUAGAAUUGUACAUCUCCCUGAAAACCAUUCACUACAAGUGCUGUGUCCAAAAUAAUCCAGGUGGGAACUAUAUAACUUGAAAAGAUUUUACAUCUGUAUGUCUAGUGUUAAAUUAGAAGUACUUUUGAAAAGCACUGUGCAAACACAGCAAGGUCCCAUAUACUUUCAAAAUGUCUCAACACUGGGUUUCACCAGUAUGCCAAUAGCUAUUGGUGUAUUCAUUAUUAAUUUGGGGCUCUCUCUUGAGAAAAAGUGUUUGACAGAUCUUUUCAUUUUGGCUGCUUUGUGAACAUCGGUCAUUUAAACAUUAUCAUGAGACGUCUUCAAAUCCAGACAUGGCAUAUGUGAAUUUUUGAGUCUUCCCUCUGCCACAAAACAAGUUUACCACAUUGAUGGUAGAUAUGGAAGCUCGUCGACCUACAAUGAAACUGUUUGCUAGUAUAAAUGGAGGUUGAAUUAUCAUCGUUUUGGCAAGUCAAGACUCUGAGGAAUUGCACAUCUCCUCCCAUAAAAGCAAAGUCCUGCAGAUCCUGGCAAUCUGAAAUAAACACAGUGAAGGCUGGAGCAGGCCUGGCAGUAGAUAGAGACAGAGUUAACGUUUCAGGUCCAGUAUGAUUCAUCUUUGGAACUGUUCUGAAUAGGAGUCAUACUGGCCUCAAAACAUUCUGUUGUGUUAGCAUCAUGUGUAGCCAAUGCAAUUAAGUUUCUCCAACAAGAGGAAGCUAGUGUGUUUUGAUUUGGUAAAUCUUGUCCCAAACAAACAAAGAUUUAAGGAGGGAAGGGGGUGAAAGUCCUCCUUUAGUUUGAAUCGGUGUCAACUAUUGGUUUAUAAUCGAUUGGAGGGAAAUUCUUUGUAUUCAGCUGCCAAUGGUUAGACUAAUAACCUUCCCAUUGAUCACACUGCAGUCUCCUGGACGGAUGGUGAGAUGUUGUUUGGCUAGAUUUUCCAUGUAUUCGGAGUUAGAAAUGUCAGCUCAAAGUGGAUUCAAGUUUUGACUUGUCAUUCAACGGACACAGUGAGGACACCCUCCAUCGAUCUCCCUUCAACCUGGGGAAAGCAAAAAAGGCUUGGAACUCGUUUUUGUCCUCAUGGCAAACAGUUUUGAAUGUGUAAAAUAAAGCAGAUGAAAGAUAAUGGGUGAAGCUGGUUAAACUAGGGACUUGCGGUAAUUGGAAUAAAUCUUAGAAGGAAAAGCGUAGGGGAGAAGGAAGGCAGGCAGAAGUUUUAUACAACAGACUAUUUAAAACUAUUUUAGUAUGGCGACUUUACGUUUUAUGACUGCAAUAUCUCAGCUAAUUGAGGAAGCGCAAGGGAUUUUCAUGGUGAGUAAAUUUUGACUAAAUCCUUUCUAAAUAAAAGGAGGCACAGAGAGCUCAGAAUUCGUUGAAGGCGUCAUGACUCUGGGGUUAAUCUUUCUUUCCAAGUAUCGCUGCUGCCAGAAAU